AUGGUUUUUCAGGCUCAGAUAAUAGAUUCGGAGUUGACCGCAAAAUUAUUGGGACGAGGCGUAGCAGUGUCACCCGUAGUGACAGUUGAACCACGGAGAAGGAAGUUCCAUAAAGCUAUCACUCUGAGUAUGCCGGCUCCAAGACCUCAUACUCAGGGCAUGACGAACCAAUACAGCACAUCUUCAGCACCGACCCUUAGACUUCUCUGCUCCAUAUCAGGAGGGACGAACCGCGCGCACUGGGAGGAUGUGACGGAGAACACUCCACUGACCUUCGUGAAUGACUGCGUGUCGUUCACCACGACUGUCUCGGCUCGGUAUUGGCUCAUCGACUGCCGCCAUAUUGAAGACGCCACUAAAAUGGCUACAGAAUUGUACAGGGAGGCGAUCCAUGUGCCAUUCAUGGCUCGGUUCGUGGUGUACGCCAAGCGGACCGAUGACUGCCAGGCCCAGCUUCGCAUGUUCUGUGUCACCGACGACAAGGAGGACAAGGCCUUGGAGAGGAUCGAACGGUUCAUACAAGUCGCCAAGAGCAGGGAUGUUGAGGUCCACGAAGGCAAGCCCAUCUACCUAGAGUUUGGUGGCAACCUGGUCCCAGUGGCCAAGUCUGGAGAACAGCUGUCGAUUCCGUUUCGUGCGUUCCGGGAAAAUCGCGUGGCGUUCCCUGUGAUGAUCAAGACCCAGGAUCUGGAGCCGAUCUGCCGCUGCCAGUUCAUGAGGGAUCCGAAGGUUCCUAAGGGUGAACCGUCGCCGGCACCGAUCGCCGUCCUGAACAUAAUGGUUCCUGACGAUACAUCAGUGGAGAGGACGAGCCCUCAGCCGACUGACACGGUGCCGCUGCGCACUGAGGAGCAAGAGCUGAUAUGGAGGCAACGACUCAGCGACCCGAGGUUGGAAGACAUUUGCAACCUCCUCGGCAAAGACUGGGUGGCGCUGGCGUACGAGCUGGGAGUCAGCGUGGCCACCGUCAACCAGAUCCAAGCCAAGAGGAUCACGGCUGCUGAGCAGGCGCAGCUCAUGCUGAAGCUUUGGAAGACGCAGUCUGGUACCAAGGCCCAAGACACUUCAUUGGAACUGGCCCUAUGCCGUAUUGGUAGAGAUGACAUCAUUGCACCUCAAUCGGAAGUCACAAACGAGAGGCGCAUCCAGAGGAACAUCUACCAAGAGAGACAAGCUUCUGAGGAAAUCGAGGCUUACAAAGCUGAAGAGGAUAAUAAACUUAAAGACAAAAUAUACGACGAAAACCAAAUUGCCGAGCGUCUGCACAGAGAAUCUGAGCAAGACCAUGAAGACGAAGCUAAAUAUUCUCCAGAAGAGAAGUCGAUAGUGGAUAAGAGUGAGUCUUUAGUGGACAGAACUCCCACGCCUAGUGAAGAAAGUGAGGAGGACGAAGAUGUGAAGCGUAGUGUAGCAGAAAGGAAGGAACAAAUAACAAGGAAGUUGAGCUCAAGUAAAAUACCGGCGUCAAAGCAAAAGAAAGAAAUUAGAGAAGAAAUCAUUGAAAUCAAGACUCAGAUCAAACCUGACAUUAAAAAGUUCCAUGAUAUUGAACAACAAGUGCAGGUUAAGGAAAAAGAUCCCAAAUUAGAGCGAACGCGUUCAAAAACGUCUCCAGAAACUCUUGAAGAGACCGAAGAAAUAGAAAUUCACAGAGAAGAGAUAGUUGAAGUAAAGAAAGAAGAACCAAAACCUGUGGAACGGCCAGUUGAACAAUUUAGAAAGUUUGACCCAUCGUCUCCUGCUAAACCAACACCUAAACAUCUACAGAGGCACAUGAGAAACGAAUCUAUGCGAUUCCCCUCAGGUGAUUUCUCCAACGUUACUAUCACUCCAAGGAAAUCAGUUACGGAAACAACAGAAGUGAAACAAGUAAUUGAAAAAGUUGACACAUUUACUAAGGAGGUUAUAUCACAAAAAGAAAUCGUUAGUUCUAAAGUUGAAGAAAAACUAGACGAUGGUGAAAAGUCCCCAGAACUUGUCACUGAAGAUGACAAAGAUAUCGCAGAAGCUACGUUACGGGAUAAGAUCAGUUCAUUUGAAUCUAAAAUACCUAAAGAACCGUCAAUUGACUUACCUAAAACUACAGUCAAGCUAACAAAAGAAGCAUUGAAAAAACACACAUUAGCACAGGAACAAGGCAAUGAAUAUACACAAGAGUUUGUAAGGGAACAGUCUAAGCAAAUCUCAAGCAUGGAAACUCAGGAGCACAUGGUUCAUAAAGUUUCGGUUGAAACUGAGAGACAAGUCGAAACUGUAAAAUCUGUAAAGGAAACUAUUCAGCACUUUGAUUCUAAAAUUAAAUAUGAAGAUAAAGGCAAACCCUAUUCAAAGACAAUAAGAACGGAUUCAACUCUAGUUCAAGUGUCAUCAGAAGAAGAUAGUGAAUUCCUAAAGAAAUCAACCGACUCAGAAACUGAAACUGAGUCACAAACAACUGUAAAGGUAGAUAAAUUAGAACAAAAAAUUAAAUCAAAGAUAGACAAAGAAUCGUUCGCCUUCAAAGGCUUGAAGGAUGGAUUUGAAUUGAAAUCCAAGGACCCCAAAACUAUUCCCGAGCAAGACGAUAAAAAGUCGGACGAUGAUGAUAAGAAAGAUGAUCAUCAUGUGGCCAUUAAGUUAGAGAAGCAAAUGACAGAAGAGCUAAGAUCUAAAGUUAGCGAAGAAGAAAUUACAGAAGCUGUGGAAGAAAAAGAAGUUUCUGUUAGUGACAAAUUAAAGGAUAAGAUUGAGCCUCAACUGUCAAUAGCUAGCACAAAAUCUGACCUAAGUAAACAUACUAAGACUGAUUCCAUAAGCUCUGACGUGCAAGAUCUUAUUGGUCGUAAGAUUUCUCAAGAGUCGCCUGUGCCAUCAGGCAUAGAAAAGACCGACUCACUUGCCGAUUUACAGCAAAGCACUGAAAAAGAUUUCAGUUUUAUUUCACAAACUGAAUCUAAGGUAUAUUCCAAGGAUUCAAAGCACCGUAGUGACUCACUGGACGAAGCGUCUCAGUUCUCAGACUUAGAGGAUCAGAUCGGUACCAGUCCAGCUCACCGACCUGUAGACAAAGAUGUCAGUCACGUCGUAUCCAAGACUGAAGUAAAAACUAUAACUGUCGUCUCAGAUAAAACUACACAUGCUAGAGAUCAAACUCUAGAGUUCCUCAGAUACGAAAGUGAAUACAGUGCACAAAUUCAUGCACCUACUAUUGACGCGAAAGACGCAGAAAAGGUCUCACCUAAAGAGUCUCCAGUAAUAAGUGCAAAGGCUCGUCAAUUCAUUGAGACAGUUCCCGAAGACGAUUCAGUUCAGGAAUGCUUCUUCUCUAAACGCAUUUACUCGGACUCUUUAGAAGACUCAGAGCACACAGACUCAAGACGCCAUUCCGAAGCUGAGUCCCUGAAAUCAGACCAAUCAGAUGUUAAAGCUAAAGUUUCUUCGUCUGAUUUUGAUGAACGCGCUGAAUAUGAAGAAACAGUCGACUCAGGAAGUGGAUUUGGUGACGAGAAGUUCGAAGAAAGCGUCGGGUUUACCUCAAUGAGAAUCGACACUAAGACAACUGACUCUGAGAAACAAGAUUCGGAAUCUGAUAAAGAGCCCGAAGUUGUAUUCAAAAAGAUGGGACCAAAACGUCAUUCAAGGACAGAAUCUGUAUCGAUCUCAAAAAUUAGUGAUUUACAAUUAGACCUUGAACCGGCUAAACCAAAACAAGAGUUCCAAAUGUUUGUCACUGAGGCCGAAGAAGUUGAUAAAUCUGACAAAGAUGAACCUUCUGAUAAGAUUUCUUCUGAAAGUAGUCGAGAAAUUGAAAUUUCUGAACGUAAAUCAUCCGAAGGCAUUUCAGACAAGAUUAGUUCAGAAGAUGCUGUUACGGAAAAGAAGACGUCCUCUGAGGAAGACGCGUUGAAAGACGGUGAAGUGAUUCCACUAGAUGAAAAGGUGAUAGUCACUAGUGUCAAGGAAAUUACAAAAGAAAUUGUAAAAACUGAUGUAAAGACUUUCAGGGAAGAUACCAUUGAGAAAGUUGAUGCCAUCAAACGUCAAUCAGUGACGUCAGCUGGAUCAGGUUCAGUUAGUGAGCUUCGCUUAGAAGAAAAGAGAUUAUCUGACGCUCACAGCCUCACUGAGUCCAGGGAUUACACUUUUGAAGAAUCCGAAGAUGAUAUUGGCACCCAAGGUACCCAUGUGGAUAUGUCUAAAGAUAAGGUUGAGACUAAACUUGAAAGUGAGAAGAAAGCUGCUUUAGCAAAAGUAAGUGAAUCCAAAUUAGCAAGAUUAACUCAUGGAGAUUCGUUAGAUGACGUUGAAGGUUUCCCAGAGGACCACGUCACAGAUUAUGUACAUAAACUUCCUCAUAUUGCUGAAGUCGGGGCUAUUCAAGAUAGAGAUAUUACCAACGAAUUUUUGAACAGAGAAAGGGAAGAACAGUUGAAACGUGAAACGAUUCAUAUCGUCACAUCCGCGUCAAUUGAAAGCACUCCUCUCACCAAGGAUGAAAAAGUGACAGAAACUCAUGGACCAACUGUUGUAACUAAAGUUACUAGUAUUUCGGGACCUACUGAGGAAAUAUCAAAAGUUGUAGAUCAACCAAAGUCCGACAAGAAAGAAAUUGUUGAUAGUGCGUAUACUGUUACAGAGACGCAUGAACCAACUGUUAUCACAACAACAACAACCAUUACUAAAGAGGGUGAAGAGCCUAUUCAAAAAGUAUUAAAGUCGGUUACAUCAGAAGGACCUACUUCUAUAGAUACACGACAGGACAUGGAAAUUACAUACACUGUAACGGAACAUCAUGAACCAACCAUUGUGACUAAAUUUACGGCAAUCACCAAGGAGGUGUCUGAGCCGACUGAAGAAAUAUUUAAAACGGUCAAAUUAGGAGGACAUAAAUCAAUUGAUACGCGACAAGUAACUGAAACUUCGUACACUGUGACUGAACACCAUGAACCAACUAUUGUCACUAAAGUUACGACAAUAAGCAAAGACUUUACUGGACCGAUUGAAGAAGUUUUCAAGACUGUCACAAUGAAAGAGCCAGCGAUAACUGAUUCAACACAAGAAGCUGAAAGUAGUAGUUUUAUUAUUACAGAAACUAGUGAGCCUAUAGUUACUACUAUUACCAAAGAUGUUUCGGAUCCAAAUGAGGAGAUAUUUAAAAAAGUCACAAUGAAGAGCCAGGCAUCAAAUGAAACUUACAUUGAAACUCAUGAACCUACUAUUGUAACCAAAGUAACCACAAUUACUAAAGACAUUACUGGUCCAAUUGAAGAAGUCUUGAAAACAAUGGAAGGUCCAAUCACAACGGAUACAGCACAGGAAUCAGAAUCGAUAGUUACAGUUGUGAAACAACAUGAACCAACUGUUGUAACUAAAGUUACCACAGUCACAAAGGAUAUUACUGGAUCAACUGGAACUGAAACUACAACUACUGAAACCAUUGUAAAAGAAACUUCUUCCAAAUUUGAUGUUAGCAAAAUUAGAACUGACACGCUAGGUAAAUUUGACUUGGAUGAAGAUUUCGAAGAAGUAAAACGGUUUGUGCCUAAGAGUCUCGAUUUAAAAGAAGUUCCUGAAAUUACAAAAGAACAAGUUAAACCUGUAAUUGAUGAUAUCCUACAAAAAGGUACUAUUGCCGCAGCUGCAAGAAGUCCAAUAUUAGACAAAGAUAUUAAAAUAGCCACCAAAGAUAUUGUUGAAUCUGAAAAAAGAUCAUACGACGCUAAAGUGCCCCAUAAAGAAGAGCGUAGACAUUCAUGUAUAAGCCCUGCUAUAUCAUUAGAAAGAAUAGCUGAAUCUGAAGUGGAGACAGAAGAUGAACAACCAAUACCAAAACCAAUAAGUUUACCUAUUGAAUCACAUAAAGUAACCGAGACAAGUACAGAAAUGAAGAAAUCUGAUUCAGCUAUGAAGCAAAUGGCGGACAACAUUGAAAUAAUCAUUAAGCAAGCAUCUGAGGACUUUGAUGUUUCUUCAGAUGAACAGAUUGAACCUGAAGAGCCAUCUGAACAGCGAGAUAUUGCUGAACGAGUCUCUGUAGACUCUAUUAUUGAAGAAGCGGUCACCACUGUAGAAGAAAUGUUGGAAUCUUCGAAAGAAGCUAAAGAAAAAGAGAUCGAAGCUAAAAAAGAAAUAGUCUUUGAAGAGACUAAGAAGUUUGUAAAGGAAAGGCCAGGUUUGAUAAAAUCCCUUUCACGAGACAGUGGAGAAAUUGUAAUAAUGCCUAAGAAGAAGCAUCCAAGGACAUUUUCAGUUCAAAGCUCGCCUGAGGAAGUUGAAGAGCAAAUAUACACCGAUUCUGAAUCUGAUAUGGAUAAAGCAAAAGUACUUGAAAUAAUUGAGCCUACUUCAGACCUUGAUGGUAAAAUUGCGACAUCUAGCUUUGACACAAAGAAGUUAAGGACAGAUUCACUUGAUGAUGCCGAUGAUUUCCCAGAAAAAGAGUCUGAAUAUUUUGGCGAUGACGUCAAAUUUUCUGAUGAACCGGCGGAGGGUAAAUUCUUAGAUGAUUUCAAACCCGUUGACAGACCUGGUCCAAGCCACCUAGGGCAACAGGACACAGAGGAAGACAGGUCUUCUGACAAAAUGAUCAAAAAGACGCACUUUGUUGACAGAAUACUACAUUCAGACUUAGUAUCUAAAUCAACGACUGAAUCAUCAGUUACCACUGUUGUUUCCACGUUAACUAAGUCGUCAGACGAAAGCCAAAAAUCAGUUUUGGAAGAUGGAACAUCAGCUGAGUUUUCGAAGAUCAGCGGUGCUGAAUUAGUCAAAGAUCCAUCUAAAACUUCAUUUGAAACUAAAGAUGAUUCCAAAAUAGAGGAGCCCAUUGAAGAUCGAGGCACACCAGAUUUGUCAAAGAAAUCGAUUGAUUUGACCAAAGAUUAUUCAAAGUCUUCCAUCGACAGCAAAGACACUUCAAGAGAUUUUGCCACAAAUGAACUAUCGAAAGACUCCACGGUUGAUUUGAGUAAAGACUUUUCUAAAGCAUCGGUCGAAAGCGUAAAAGAGACCUCCAAAUCACUUGAUGAAAAGACUUUCUCGGAAGAUCAUUCGUCAUUAGAUGUAUCAAAAACUUUGGCAUCAGAUGCCUCAGAAGGCAUCACUAUUAGCAGAGAAUUCCAUGAAGACGAGAAAUCCGUGUCUCGCGUAGUAAGGAUAUCAACCAGUUCUUCCCAAGAAACUUCAGUUAUGACUGAGAGUAAACUAUUGAGCGAACAAGAUGAUCGGUCUCUAGAUAAAACGAGACCGGCAGAAAUCGAUCAAGAAAAAGAUUUUAUCGGUGAAAUCGACGAAAGAAUCGAAGAAUUAAAAUCCGAGAUGAAAAAGUCAGAAGACAGUUUUGGAGAAUCAUCAUUAUUAGACAAAGCCUCUGACAGUAAAUCAGAUAGUGUCAUUACUGAUGACUUAGUGAAAGAUGAUAAAGAAGAAUCUAAAGAGGACGUUGAAAAGAAAGAAAUGGAUGACCAAGUGCCAGACAUGACUGAAUUGAACAGAAGAUGUUCCAAUCUAUUAGAAGACAUAUCACAAGGAGCACUUAUCAGAAUCGAUUCAAGUCACGUGACACAUGAUCUAGCAUCGAAAUUUUCCAAAACACCGCCUCCAUCACCAGUAGAUUUGAAGGACAGAUCCAAAGUGGAGGAUGGUUCUGGCGAUAGGCAAACCGGGCUACAACUUAGAGGUUCCGACUCAUCGUUCCUGGAUGCAAGCCGUCAGUCUCCCAGGGCAUCAUCAGCUGGAGACAGUCUCAUUAGUGAAACUGAGGCCCACCAGAGUGAUGUGCUGACAGAAGCGUCUAAGGCACUGACUGAAGCCGCCAGACCAAAAUCUCCAUCAAAACAUCUUGCUGACAAUCUAUCAUUCAUAAACGUAGACCAACCAACCCUUACUAGUGGAGCUAUAGAGCUCGUAGACCGCACAAUCGAGAAAAGUAUAGAUGUGAUUGACCAAAUCAAGAAAGAACAGCUUGCCGUCAAAAUGGAAGAGAUGCAAAAAUCAACGUCAUCGGACACAUUUUAUUCUGAAUCAAGAGUAGAAACAUCUACAUCAUCUUCAUCUGUUCACAAAACAUAUGAAGGCGCUGAAAUGAAGUUCCAGUCUAUAGAUCCGCGGGCACACAUGUCUGACAUGGUAGCCAAGUUUGGAUCCACUGAUAUGGAUGAUUAUAGCACUAUUUUGUCCCACAAAGAAACAGAGACAAGAAAAAUAUCAGGACAAGAAUACUUUUCUGAAACCAAACAAGUGUCGUCAUCCGAUGAUGACUCGCUUGUUAUUAAAACUGAAACUACCCAUGAACUUCGUGGACAAGAACACGAAGUGAAAGAAAAAACAACGGUGCGCAAAGAAGGUGAUCAAACAGAAACGUCACAGAAGAAACUUGAAAGAGCUCAUGAGGCUACAGCUAAAAGAUCUGAUGUAGAAACUAAAACCGUGUAUAAAACCACCGAUGACACGGACAUCGUUAAAGUUGAAAGGGAAUUUUCUGAGCAAGGGCUCUAUACAGGAAGACAAACUAAAUCUGAAGAACGAAUGACAGCGCUCAAAGAUGACACUAUUAAGAAAAAACAUGAAGUGAAAAUUUCAGAAAGAGACAUGUCCCACGAGCAAUGGGGCAAAGAAUAUUUUACUGAACCUGGAGAACUUGAAGACAUUAAAGAAGACGAUGAUUCAAAGGCAAGAAUAGCGUAUGUUGAGUCAGCUCUUAAGAUCGUAGAAAAAGAUGAGAUUAUAUCAGGCGUAGAAGUGUCUGCUAAAGGAAAAGUUAUAAGUUCAAAAGUUGAACAUCAUAGAGAAGAGUCUGUUAUAGAAAGCAAAGAACACGAUGAUCUUAGUUCUGAUGCAUCUCAUGCCCCGAGUUUCAAGAGUGAAACCGCUGAGCGACGCGGUUCUUCCGAAACGAGCCCUAAAAGUAAAUCCAAAUCUUUCAAAAAAGAUGACGAAGUUUACGAAGUAGAUUUUAUAAAAGAAAUAAAAGUCUCAACAUCUCCCGUCAAGAGUACGUUUAGCAGAACGGGAAGCCAAGAUACUCAUUCAGAAUCAGAAGUAGCGCCUGAUUUGCCUCACGAUGACAAAACUGGUGAUACGCCUAAGAAAGAGAAACCAACAAGAUCUCCGGUGAAAUUACCUCAACAACAAAUUCAAGAACAAGUCUGGGAAGUAUCGCUUCAAAAAGCAGAUUCAUUUGAGAUGGCUGAUGAAAUACCAAAAUCCCUCAAUCUCAAAACUGCUAUGGUUCAAUCAUCAAGUACUGAAACAAAGAGUUCUGGGAGUGAUACAGGCUUAGAACUACAAACUGUAGUCGAACCGAAAUCUGACUUUACUUCUAAAAUGGUAAAGAGUGAUAUGUCACCAAGCACAUUUGAGAUUUCGGAUGAUAUAAGCACCACAUCGAAAGAUCUCAUGAUUAAGUCAGGUGAAAGCUUGGACACUGAGUGUAUGAUUAAAUCACUGGAAUCUCACGAAGCCGAGAUUCUCCAAAAAUCAAUGGAUUCGACAGUCAGCGCAGAGACAUUACACCCGUCUGAAUUUUCAACCGAAGCUGAUUCGGCUUUCUUAACUGGUACUGAUCACAAGAGAGAAGAAAUAAAGCUUUUCAAAGAAAAGAGCCUCGAGGAUAUUUGCAGUAGCGGUUAUGACACUGAUCUUUCCUCUGCCGAGUUUCAUGCUACGAAACUUGAGUCAGAACGGGUGGACCUGGAUUCGUUAAUGUCUGCUCAGCCACUGGCUGACUUGUCGGUUUUAGAAAAAACUAUUGACGAAGUCAAACAGUCUCUUGAAGCAGCACAAGUAGAAAUUAUAAGUGAAAAAAGCGACGGAAGUAGUAAAUACAAGCAGUCGCCAUCUGAAUUUCAGUUCAAACUUUUGAUAAGUCCUGAAAGACCUGAAGUUAUCACUGAAGAACCACAUCAUGCUACAGAAGAUCAUUCUGAUAAAACUUCGAGCGUUAAAAAAGACGACUUCCAGUUAGACAGUCAAACAUCGAUCAGUAGUUCACAUAAAGUGAGCUCGCAAGAAGAAACGACGACUUCUGAUGAAGAGAAAGGCACAGUUUAUAUUAAAGAAUCUAGCCCACCAUUGGACGGAGCUGAUAUUUCUAUCAGGUCAGACAGCGGCCCACAUUCAAUUUUAGAAACCGAAAGUGACAUAAUACUCUCUGAUCGAGAGGGUUCUUCAAAAGGAAGUCCAGAAGUAAAAUUGAGGGUUCAGAAGCAUAUUAAAUCAAAGCUCGGUGUAGUCGAGAGGCGAUCUGCCUCAGAAGUGGAGGGCUGGUCUAGUUCUGGAGAAAGUCACUAUCAUAGCUUUGAACAUUCAGAGAGUAGGCCACUUUCUUCCGAUCUAGAAGUCAUGAUGACAGCUCAAAGUGCAACUGAGUUUGACACUGCUUUAACUAGUCACGAUGUCUCUUCUCAAUCUUUAAGGACGUCAAAGGAUUAUUAUACUGCCGCAAGCUCGCUAGCUUCAAGAGACAGCAUGAAAAGUCUAGAUUCAGAUGGGUCCAGCCAUGUGGCUAGCAUUGAUAUUUCCGACGCCUCUGAAACACUCGUACCUUCAGCAAAUGAACUGAAAGAAGAAUUAAUGGAAAGUAGCACGUAUGUAGAGCAAUUCUUGCAUGAGGGAGAAAAAGAACAAUCAGCUAAAGUCAAAGACGUUAGUGAUGAAGAAGCAUCUGGGGACGAAGAAGAUGUAAAAGCCGAUUUAGAAGAACCAGUUGGAAAAAUGAAGAGAUCACACGAAAUGCGUUUCUUACCCAAAGAUAUGAUACCUGAACAUUUCCCAUUAGAAAGUACCUCUGAGAGCAUUGAAGUAGACGAAGAUUCAUCUAAAGAACGAGAUGGUUCUGACACUACAAUUUCAAGUCAACUGAGAACUGAUGAAAUCCUGUCUUCAUCUAUUUCAAAGUUGGAUAUGCCUUCUUCUCAAUCUGAGAUUGAGAAAAAGGUAGUUAUUGAAGAGGUAAUUAAGCCCACAACUCAUGAAGUACACGCCAUACCUUUUUCGGUGACUAAACUAGAAAAACCAACAAGAGAGUUUGUGGACGUUGAAAGUGAAAUUAUUCCAGUUGGUUCUGAAGAAUAUGAAGAAAUAGUAAAAUAUGGAAGCAUUACUCCAGAACUGAGGAAGUCGGACAAAGAAGAAGUAGCUAUAGUAAAAACUACUGUACAUGAUGCUGAAAUUGUACCUAGUAAAGUGGAUACAACUUAUUUAGAACCAAUAGAAAUCAAAGAAGAAUGUGUGAAAAAAGUAGUCAAAGAAGUGAGUGUCAUACCAUUCCCUGUGACAGAAAUCCCUCCCAGCCAGAGAGAGUUCACUGAUAUUGAAGAUGACAUUAUACCUAUUGGUUCAAAACAGUAUGAAGAAAUCUUAAAAUCCAAGAGCGACUCUGCUGUUCCCAAAACAAAGGCAGAAAAAGCCAUAGUCAAAACUCCUGAUUCACAACUUGAAAGCAAACAGAGCUCUACAUCAAGUCUGAAAACUCACGAGCAUUUAUCAACGCCACAUACUCCACUAUCUGCACCUAGUCAAAGCUCUCUUUCUACUGAUAACGGGCGUGAGUAUGUCCUAGAUGACAUGUAUGACAUAUCUGAAACACCUGAAUUGAGGUCUGAUUUGGUCACAGAAAGCAGCCGAUCAGAGCUGGUGGUAACAACUGAAGAGAAGGCUCUUCAUACGUAUGAAAAAGAACAGGAAUCUCCAACGAGCGAUGAAUUUGAAAUGGUAGAUAAACCAAGUGAGAUGGACGACUUUGUCGUCAUUGAAGAGGUCGCAAAAGAAGCACAAGAAACUGAUACAGAGGGAAAAAGUGUCCAAAUAAAAGCACAGAAAUAUGAAAAGAAACACGACACUGAAGUUGAAGAAUACCUGUCCAAGGCAUCUAAAAAACAGGAAAGUACAAGCAGUGCCGGAUCAGGAUCUUUAUCUGAUGAAGAAUUAUUAGCCUAUGAAAUUGAACAAAAACGUUUGCAAGCUCAGGAAUUAGCUGAGAUUGAGGCAGGAAAGCGAUGGAUACAAAUGCAGUUUGAAGGCGAUCCAAGAUACGAUUAUGAAAGAAUACCGCUGGAGGAUAUUAAAGAAGAAGAAAUGACUGAUUUUGAUGCUAGUAGAAUAGGUAGCUUAAGUUCCCAGAAGGAGUCUAUUGGAAGUUAUGGCAGCUUCAGAAACUCGUACGGAAGCCUUUCUGAAUCGGAAAUGGCGUCUCGGAUAAGAUUUAGAGUACGCGGAGAUAAUGAUGAUAUUUCUAUCAGCUCGUUGCAAGAAUUUGAAAAUCUUGAAAAGGCUUUGAUGGAGCAGUACCAGCAGCACUCAUCUUCUUCACAGGAGUCUUUGAAUGGAUCUCUUCCUAGGCGAUAUAUUCUGAGCAAGAGUCAAGGUGAUGAUAUUUCGAUUUCAAGCUUGAAAGAAUUCGAAGGUCUAGAGUCAGCAUGUCUUGAAGCAUUGAAGGCCGAAAUCUUAGCGAAACAAAAAGAAGCUCUAUUGCUGGCUGAUCCCAAAGAAGUUAGUGGCAGCUUCUUAGAACGAGAGAAACGAUCCUACUCCGGUAGUUCUGAAAGCAGCCCACCACAAAAGGGAGGUAGUCCUGGUCAAAAAAGUGGGAGCCCAUCGCAAAAAGGAGGUAGUCCUUCCCAGAAAGUAGGCAGCUAUGGAAGUCCAUCUCAAAAGCUACUUACAGAGUCCGCAGCUAUUCGUAAAUUAAUCGAUCAACAGAUGGCCUUGGAACAGAAACUACAAGAACAGAUUACACCUAAAGUAGUGACUGUUAAGAAGUUUGACGAAAGAGGUGCUUUCUUUGUUGCUGAACCUGAACCAGAAACAGAAAAAGAACCUAAACAGACAGAAGUAACUGAAGAGUGCACAAAAUCAUCCUCAUUUGUUUGUGCUGCCGCUCCAAGUGACGGUUCAGCCGAGUCGAUUCCAGGAGAUUGCGAGGAGAUGAUGAAAAUAUUGGAUCAGGAAGAGAAGUCUAAAUCAUCGCAGGCAGUUACAAGGACGUUUACUGACAGUGGAGUUAUCGAAGUAGUUAGAACUACUACGGUAAUACAGCAGAAAUUCGUUGAUGGUAAAAAGGUGUCUGAGACAGUAACAAGCACUGAUGGAGAAGGUGCUAUGGAUAUACCAGCACGGCCUAAGCAGUUUGACGAGAGUGCUCCUUUGUCUUUUGGUUCAGAAAUGUCAUCUUCGAUUAUAUCGCAGUCUUCCGAGAUGGAUAGCUUGAUGACUGUGCUAGAAAGGCAUUCCUCCGAGGGUGAGGUGGUGACGGUGACGAAGCAAACGAUAAUGAUGACGUCAGACAAGCCAGAGGAUUUGGAAUUCUCUAGGGAGGGGAGCAUGGUCCGUGAGCUCUCGCCCUCUUCGGGGAGGUCGAUAGCUCACAGCGUAAUCUCCUUUUCCGGUAAACAAUUUACAGAUCCAGCUAGUGGUUCCUGGAGUGGACAAGAUGAAGAGUUGAGCUCAUCCGGGAGUUUCAGCAGGGGUGCACGUGCUGAUCUGAUGCUUGGGAGCACAGACAGCCUAGAAGCAACCAGCUCCAACGCCACCCGAGCUACCUACAACUACGAGGUCGACACCCCCAUGACCGGCAGUCUCACCUCAGGAGGAUCCAACACGAUGGUCUCUUCCCUGGACACCCUGGAUCCGGUGACGGCUGUCCAAAUGGAGAGUCUGGAACACCAGUCCACGAGCGAACACUACUCCCAUGAUUAUGAAGUGCAAGAACCUGAUUCGGAUACUGAACGACUGGAACUGGACGGACGAGCACCGCGAGCUAAGGAGCGCACCAUCAUGUUUGACAGCACUGACACGCUCAGCGCUGUUAGCGGAGACAACUCCGUGAAGGAAGCCGCCGUGGAGACCCCGGCACCUACCUUCUACAUUGGAGACACGCCUAUCGUUAGAGGAGACAGACGUGAUGAGGAUGAUGAACCGCAACCAGUUCUCUCUGGAAGCUGCCCAGCAUCCCUGCCUCCUGCUACGCAGCCUUCUCCACCAGUUCCUGCUCAAAGAAGAUCUCUCACGAUGAUUGCAAAAUCACCACCCUCUAGCAUUGACGAGACAACCAAGAAGUAAAUCUGCAUUUUAAAUUUUACUUUUCGUGUUUUUAAUUUUAAUUCUAGUCUUUUGUACUAUUGCAGCUAAAGCUGAUAUAGCUUAAGGCAUUCGAUGCACUGCUGUUACUAACUGAUUAUUAAUAAUGAGAUCUUGUUACCUGAAGUACAAUAGUCGUGUAGUCAAGUUAAACAACGUAGGUGAAAUAUCAAGUAUUAUAAGACUAUCGUAAUAGUUUCUUACCAUGGUAGUACUCUUUGUACUCGCAUUGAAAGUCCUAUACUCAUUGAUGUGUUACUAUGAUCUAUCAAUUUCACUUAAGAAUAAUCUUCCUAAUGAAUUGAGGAUCGUGAACUUGUUUUUACAACCCUGAUAUCAAACAUUUGGUCCAAUAUUCUUGCGGACCAAUAUUUGUACAAAUUAUGGUUGUAAAAAUCAAGUUCUGUAUCGGAUAGUAUUUUGGUACUCAUUUUUGUACUAAACAGUCGGUUUUUGUACGACAUUGGUCCAUGUAACUUCGACCUAUCCUUUUAGGUAGCGCUUAGCUUUUAGUUUGGGUAUUACCGCUUACUCAGUAAAACUUAACACUGUAGGACUAUUGAAUAUUUUAUAAGCAUAAGUGGUAAGUAGGUACAUUCCCGAUACUAUCGAUUUUGAUAUUGAAGUUCUGGUUAGACAGAUGGAUGUAAUAAACGACUAAUAAUCUGUCCUUUUAGAUACUAACUUUACAGGCAGUUGAUAUGAUUUUGACGAUCUCAGUUUUGAUUCUUGCACAAUUUCUUACAUAAGUAGAUAGGUAGAAAUACAAAAUGUAGGGUAAGCAUCUACGGCCAUUAAAGUCAUUGGUGAAGUUAUUUUAGAUGAUAUUAAUAUUGCUUCAGUUUCAAGAAUUCACAUUUAAACAGUUUGUGUCGUUGGAUCUCUUUUCUUAGAUGUAGCGUCUAUAAUAGGCAAUGUACUUAUUUUUAUCGUGUGGCCGUAGGUAUACCAUUUUAAUUGGGUAAAAUGCUUGCUCACUUCCAAAAGUUUUGUAUUCUUUGUAAAGGAUAAACAUUUACUUUAAGCGCCAUGGGUAAGGUAACGUCGAGGUAAAAGAAAUUUUCGCUACGACGUAUCAUGGGGACACAGUCAGACCAUUUAGGGUAGUAUCAUCUUCUAACCUGUUUCUAGAACAUGGUGUUAGUGUGUCUUCAUGCUUUUGGAUUGAGACUGACAGUGGAUAGGAAUUUAAGGAUAAAUUCAAAUAGAAAGGCUUAGAUAAUCACGACCUCAAGCUAAAAAGGUUUCAUAUCGAUGGGCGUAACAUUGCCUCUGGAAAUGAGGCUAUCUGCUUGUAUAUGUAUACAUAUAGUCUAAUUUCGUUUAAGUCUGUGUGCUUAAGGAUUUGGUGUUAAGAUAAUAACAAUGCUAGGAUCUAAUGUUGCUACUGUGUCAUAUUAAGUUUCAAAUGCGGUUAAGUUGCCCUGUUCUAUUGUUCCACGUUGUAUUUGUAAUAUUGCUGAAUAUUCUAUCGAUUAAACUAAAAUAUUAUUGAAUAUUAAUAAAAAUGCUAUGUCUCAUAUUUAA